AUGUCGCUCUACAACGACUCGCCUCAGAAGAAGCGAUUCAGGCCAGAUGGCCUCGCUUCGCCAAAGUUGACGACCUCCACUUCCUCCCCUUCAUCAUCACCGAACAAGAAGCUCAAGAAGAGCAAGUACGUCAAUGCGCCUUCCUCCUUACUGUCAAAUGGAUCGAGUCCAUUCUCGAAGCUCGGCAAUGGCAUCUCGUCCUCAUCACAAGUAGCCUCGGCCUCUUUAUCACAUUCGGCGCCUUCUUCUUCUUCCUCUUCGACUAAGCGACAGCCUUCCACCUCGAACGGGUCUGACCCCGCUGCGUGGAUCAAAGACGCGCUCAAAAACGUCGAUCAGCGCAUCCUUGAAUCUCGCAAUGCACUUCCCAUCGCCUCGGGAAAGAAUUCUAUCGUCGAAGCCGUCCGCAAACAUGACACGGUCGUCAUCCUCGGCGAGACUGGAUCGGGUAAAACUACCCAGAUCCCGCAGUUCCUCUUUGAAGCCGGAUUCGCACGCCGCGCGCCCAUUCAGAUGAUUGGCGUCACACAACCUCGUCGAGUCGCUGCCACUUCGCUUGCUCGACGUGUCGCAGUAGAAAUGGGCCAGCCAGAUCCAGCCAUGCUUCCCAACCUCAAAGGAAAGGAGAGAACCGCUGCCGGAAGCUUGGUUGGCUACAGCAUUCGUUUCGAAGAUCGAACCACACGCAACACCCGCGUCAAGUUCAUGACCGAUGGUAUGGUGCUACGUGAAAUGAUCGGCGAUGUGGCAGCAGCCCCAUCCAAUUCCACUUCGACUUCUAGUGCCCCUAACUCUGUAGCAUUACGGUCCAACUUACUGCUCAAGUAUUCGGUGUUGAUCAUCGAUGAAGCACACGAAAGGACGCUUCGAACCGAUCAGGUGCUCGGCCUUGCCAAGAGGAUCCAACGUGAACGUAAAGCGAUCCGUCUGUCGUGGCUUGCUCGUGGAAAGCCAUCCAACGAACCCGAAGUGACUGAACUCAAGAUCAUUGUCAUGUCGGCCACGCUCGAUGCCGACCGCUUUGCCAGCUUUUUCGCCACUCCUUCCACUGCACUUGCAGCAAAUGGACUCACAGAGGAUAGCAAGACUCUUACCGCUGCCAAUGGAAAGCAAGAGGUACCCAUCCUCUACGUCAAAGGUCGCCAGCACGAGGUCACCAUGUUCCACACCGACGAGCCAGCCCAAGAAUGGACCGACGCCGCUCUCCGCACCGUGCUUCAGAUCCACGUCUCUCGCCCGCCUGGAGACAUUCUCGUCUUCAUGACGGGUCAAGAGGAGAUCGACACGCUCGCGCGCUCCUUGGAGCUCUACUCGUCCGAGCUUCCCGCUUGGGCCGAGGCCGAAGGAAAGUCCCUUCCCAUGGCGCUGAUGAUUGCGCCGCUCUACGCCGCUCUGGGUCCCAGCGCCAGCGCCAAAGUCUUUGGACCGACGCCACCGCGCACACGCAAAGUAGUGCUGGCCACCAAUAUUGCCGAAACCAGUAUCACCAUCCCUGGCAUCGUCUUUGUCGUCGAUUGCGGCUUGGCCAAGGAGAAAGUGUAUACCCCGGGCACUGCUGUCGAGACGCUGCAGGUGCAAGAGAUCAGUCAAUCUGCAGCGAGACAGCGUUCGGGUCGUGCGGGUCGUGAACGCGCAGGAGAAUGCUAUCGUCUCUACACACAGGAAGCAUUCCGAGGAUUGCCACUGGCAGGAACCCCAGAAAUCGUCAGGACCGAUUUGGCCGCUGCGGUUCUGCAGCUCUGCGCUAUGGGUCAGGACCCUUACACGUUUGACUGGCUCGAUCAACCGGAUCGCACCGGUCUGCAGGAAUCCGUACUACAGCUCAUCCAGCUUGGUGCGCUCGAGAUCAAGACCGUCCCAACACUGAGCAAGGGCAAUGGUCAAGAUGCUCAUGGCAAAAAGGAGCCGGCAAAGGCGACAGCCAAACUUGUGCUGACGGCGAUCGGAAGCAAAAUGGCCAUGCUGCCUGUAUCGCCCGCUUACUCACGCUCUCUGAUUGCUGCUGGCGAGCGCGGGCCUACGGUUGCACGCCAGGUCCGCGAUCUCAUCGCCAUCCUCUCUUCUGACCGCUCGAUCCUCAUCGAGCCGUCCGAUCAGGAGAAGAGGGACGAGGCCAACCGUGCCAAAGCCACAUUUGUCCAUCCUACGGGAGACCACGCUACGCUGCUCACCGUGCUGUAUUCGUACCUUGGCGAGUCGGAAAAGUCGCGCAGCGCAAUCAAGACUCGCAAAGCUGAGGCUAGAGGGGACACCAAAGCCAUCGAAAAGGAGGCCAGAGAGCAACUCAGAGCAUGGUGCAGUAAUCAUUAUGUCCACGAGAAAGCAGUCAAGAAUGUGCUGCACAUUCGUAAACAGCUGCGGACGAUUUGUCGACAACAAAAGAUCGUCUGCGACGACGAUCCCGGCGAACGACCCUCCCACGGUGUCUCUGCUGACGAUGACGAAUCUGAGUCCGACUCUGCCUCCUCUUCGGCCUCUUGUUCAGCUGGUGUGGACAGAGAAGGGCUCUUCGUCACGCGCAAGUCCGUCGCCUCGCACGUCUCCUCCCACGACACCGAAGAGGACACCCACUUUACCGGUCUGCGCCAAUCCCUCCUCGAGGGACGGAUCGCCAACGCAGCGCUCAAAAAUGCCUCGGCGCCCAACACGUACAAACGCAUCACCUCUGCCUCUUCGGCAGGGUCGUCGUUCAAGAUCCACCCCUCGUCCACAUUGCACCCGAGCAAGUUGGCUAGGGAAGGUGCAAGCAAGAAAAUGGACGCGAUCCUGUUCGAAGAGCUUGUGUUUACCACUCAAAUUUUUGCCAGAACGGUGAGCGUCAUCGAGCCUAGCUGGCUACAGGAGUUUGCGCAACGUGCCUGA